GAGCAUCUCAAAUUCUCAAUUCUCUCAAACGGUCGAGCGAUCGCACCGUCGCCAUGGAGAAAACCAACACGAUAAAUACUCGUGCUAAUCACCUCCACCGUUCUCCCAAAUCGCACAAAACCCUAGCGAAAACUCUUAAAGGGUGUUCGACGAAAUGGGUAGCUCAGGUUCCUCAUGGAAGUUGGUGGAGAAUUCGAAGUUUCCGAAGGGGAAAAUUGUAGCAGUUGUGGUUUUGGAUGGGUGGGGAGAAGCUGAUCCCGAUGAGUUCAAUUGCAUUCACCUCGCCGAGACACCGACGAUGGAUUCGCUCAAGAAGGGUGCACCGGAGAAAUGGAGAUUACUAAAGGCUCAUGGAACAGCAGUGGGGCUUCCUACAGAUGAUGAUAUGGGAAAUAGCGAAGUUGGUCACAAUGCACUGGGCGCCGGACGAAUAUAUGCCCAAGGUGCUAAGCUAGUAGAUAUGGCACUUGCCUCUGGAAAGAUAUAUGAAGGGGAAGGCUUUAAAUACAUCAAAGAAUGCUUCGAUAACGGUACUUUGCAUCUAAUCGGGUUACUGAGCGACGGGGGCGUCCACUCACGGUUUGAUCAACUACAGAUGUUCCUGAAAGGUGCUUGUGUGCAUGGUGCCAAAAGGAUCCGCGUUCAUAUCAUUACAGAUGGUCGUGAUUGCCUGGACGGUACGAGUGUGGGCUUUGUAGAAAUGCUUGAGAACGACCUUGCAAAGUUAAGGGAGAAAGGCGUCGAUGCAAGAAUUGCUUCUGGUGGGGGCCGCAUGUAUGUUACCAUGGAUCGCUAUGAGAAUGACUGGGGAGUUGUUAAGCGCGGUUGGGACGCCCACGUACUCGGUGAAGCGCCACACAAGUUUAGAAGUGCUAUUGAAGCCGUAAAAAAGCUUAGAGAGGAUCCCAAAGCCAAUGAUCAGUACCUGCCUCCAUUUGUUAUAGUCGAUGAGAGUGGAAAACCAGUUGGACCGAUAAUGGAUGGUGAUGCCGUUGUGACAUUCAAUUUCAGGGCCGAUCGGAUGGUUAUGAUCGCUAAAGCUCUGGAGUAUGAGAAUUUCGACAAAUUCGAGCGCGUGAGGUUUCCGAAGAUUCACUAUGCUGGAAUGCUUCAGUAUGAUGGUGAAUUGAAGCUCCCAAGUCACUAUCUCGUUUCUCCUCCAGAGAUAGAGAGAACAUCCGGUGAAUACUUGGUACAUAACAGCAUCCGUACUUUUGCUUGCAGUGAGACUGUCAAAUUCGGCCACGUGACUUUUUUCUGGAACGGAAACCGUUCCGGGUAUUUCAACCCUAAUAUGGAAGAAUACUUCGAAAUUCCAAGCGACACUGGGAUCACAUUCAAUGCGCAACCGAAAAUGAAAGCCCUGGAAAUUGCUGAAAAGGCUAGGGACGUGAUCCUUAGUCGCAAGUUCCAUCAGGUCCGCGUCAACCUAGCAAAUGGAGACAUGGUGGGUCAUACUGGUGAUAUCAAGGCAACGAUUGUCGGUUGCAAGGCUGUUGAUGAAGCAGUUAAGAUUGUUCUUGACGCGAUUGAUCAAGUGGGCGGGAUUUAUCUAGUCACUGCUGAUCAUGGGAACGCCGAGGACAUGGUAAAAAGAGACAAAUCUGGGAAGCCGCUGCUCGACAAAAAUGGGAAUGUUCAACUGCUCACCUCUCAUACUCUUCAUCCAGUUCCGGUUGCGAUCGGAGGCCCCGGGCUUAGACGAGGCGUGAGGUUCCGGGAAGAUUUGCGGAACGCCAGCCUCGCCAACGUUGCUGCGACAGUGAUGAAUCUCCAUGGGUUCGACGCCCCGAGUGACUAUGAACCGACCUUAAUAGAAGUCGUCGACAGCAACUGAGACAUACUAUCAAAUGAUGCAUUGACAAGUUUAAUUCCUCCUACGUUCCCGUGUGUAUAAAAUGUAAACCAGAAUAAAGUUGGUUGUUUGAAGGCAAAACCCCCUGAAGUUUGGAAAUUUUAAGAAAGUGCUCGGCUUUUAGAUCUUAUUCGAUCUUUGACUCUGGCAAAUACCUACUUCGUGUCUCAUAAAAUAAAUUUUAAGAACAUUUUAUUAAAAUUUCUAUA